GCCAUUGCUCACUUGCCCCGCUCUCAUUUCUACAGGUGAUGGUCCGCAGUUACGUGAUUUUGUAAUUCAACAUGGUGUUGUUGCACCUCUUUUACAAUUUGUUAAUCCGUCAGUCCCAGUAAGUAUUCAGCAACUCUAGCCAUUUAUUUGCUGACCUUUCUUUUAAAACGGUUGUAGUAAUUAAUAUUCAUUGUUUUUACCCCCUUUUAGCUGACAUUUUUAAGAAACGUAACGUGGGUUAUUGUUAAUCUUUGUCGAAAUAAAAAUCCCGCUCCGCCAAUGAAAACAAUUCAAGAGGUAUGUCACAUUGAGUAAAUAUAAAUUAUAAAUUGAGCUUUGCCCAUUUAAUUCAUUGUAGUUCUCUUUAUAUUUUGUCUUUACUACUAUGGUUGGCUUUGAAUUAGGCGGUACAUGCUGCAAUUUGAGCAUUCUGUGGCACGCAUCGAUAAACUGACAGGCUCAGUGUGACCAGAUUUGAUAAAAUAUUCCACUUGUGAUUAGAUUUCGUCAAGUCUGGAAAUAUUUUUGUAAUGAAUAUCAUUUUAGUUAGACAUGGUAAUUUCUUCGAAAUUUUAAUGAUUCAGUGACUUUUUUGGUGUUCGUCGAAUGAAAUUCUCUAGCUGGCAAAACCCGCUAAUUUCAAACAUGGAAUAAAUCAUUAGUACUGCAUCGUAGUGACCUCGUGCCAGCCAUGACGUCACUACUCUGAUUCUUUACACUAUUUUCACAAAUACAAAGAACUUGUUAUUAAUACUGAUUUAGAUAAAAAAUCUUUAAAAUUACCGUUCUUUUCUAUUUUAUUUUUAGGUGUUACCGGCUUUAGCCUUACUAAUCAGACACACAGAUUUAGAUGUAAGUAUAUAUUUGUACUGAAUUACACAUUUUGGAAUGUGAAUUAAACACUAAUAUUUUCUUUCCUGGUGUGUCUUUUCCUGUUUAGAUUUUAGUAGAUACUGUAUGGGCGUUGUCGUACUUAACUGAUGGUGGAAAUGAACAAAUUCAAGUAUGUUUUUCGAUUUGAAACUGUAUACUAGUUUCAUAAAUGAUUAUACUAUUUAAUAAUAAGCCAACUGAUAAGUACAC